AUGCGGGAAGUCAAUUUUAGUAUUCCCAAUGUCAAUAAGGCCUCGGUCAACAUCACUACCACCCUCUAUGACCGUCGUGCCCUUGAUUGCACAUCGACUUUGCCGCUCAUCAACUCGCUCAAUCAUCUUGCGUACCUCACAACCUCAUCUGCUCGGAUUCGAGAUAUCCUCACCGUCGAUGGCGGCAUCGAGCGACUGAUAUGCAUGCUUAAAGAAGGUCGGAGCAAGGAACUGAUGGAAAUGUGGAAAUGGAGCCUUGCCUUCCAAUGUGUUGUCAACAUCGGUGUGCGGGGCUCUGAGAGUGUGAGGACCAGAGUGGUAGAAGCCGACAUGGUCCCCGUCAUUUCCACCAUUCUGAACAACUACAUCAAGGUGGUGGACAAGGUGCGAUCACGCAACGAUCCCGACUCCGAGAAGCAGGCGUUUUUAAGGCAGUCAAAGCCUAGCGGCAGCCGAGAUGUCUCCACUCGGACAACCCCUAUGGAUGCAGAUACCCAGAUCGAGUCACACCCACAGGUCGAGUCACACCAACCGCGUCGACAAGCCCCUCCGCCGAGUAUCGAAAUCCCCCGGCCUUUCUACCAAGACAUCCAGCCUAACGACUCUGAUGCCAUGGAUAUCACAUCUCCUCCCCGUGUCCCGAUGACAUCCCCCCCGGAGCGCAGUACAUUUGGCCAAGAAGCCCAUAACCACCGUCUCAACGAUGGGCGGUUCCCACGUACUAGCAAUCGCCUGCGGUCAAUGCAACCGCUUGCCACAGCUGUUCCAUCCAUGGAUACCACGGAUGGGUUCGGAUUGCGUCCUGUGCGUGACACAGAGCGUCUUCCUAGCAUGCUUCCUGGUUUGCAGACUGGAAUCGUCUCGCAACCCGACUCUCCGACCACCCCAAGUGGCCCCCUCCACUCACAAACUCGCAGCCUUCCCCAAACCAUUGCCGCCCGACAACGUCCUUCGAUCCGCCAGCAGCAGUCAGCAUCCGGUGAAUCGGAUGAUGCGAACGGCGAAGAUUCAACUAUGGGAGAUGAUAACAAUAUGGGACAGCCCACCGAAACCAUCGUUGGACUCCCGAACCGGAUGGAACUUGACAGUGUUAAUGAACGGGAAACAACAAUGCUAGAUGAUGUCUCUGCCGCCCAUGAUCUGACCGUCACUGAUCCCUCCGAAGAGGGCGGCCCGGAGGUGGAGACUUUCAACAUCACUCAUCGUUCGACUGUCGACGGCAGUAUCAUUAAUAACGGCAACACACAGGCCAACGGUGGACUGGGCCUCUCCCCCACCCAGGCCACCAACAACCCCAAUUCUCCUACUCUCGCUCCUAACGCCUACACUUUGUACCUUCGUGACCGCAAUGCUCCCGCAGCCCAGGGAGUCCUGACAUCCAUGCCUCGUGAUGAAGAUGUCCUGAUGUCCCUUCAGCUACUGGCAUAUGUCUCCAAGUAUUGCAACCUCCGAGCAUACUUCCAGGCCACCCACCUUGUCCCAAAGUUGAAGAUUGAUCGCGAACUUUAUCUUUUGGAUGAGAAUGCCGAACCCCCUUCGCCAGUUGAUCCGUCUGAGGAUGAAGACGAGUACUUGCUUCCCGACGAUCUCAAUAUCUUCCCCCUGGUGGAGAAGUUUACUGUUCGACAUCACUCUAAGGAUAUGCAAUACUGGGCGUGCGUGGUUAUGAGAAACCUCUGCCGUAAGGAUGAAGCGAGAGGUGGCAUCCGCCAAUGCGCCUAUUACAAGUGUGGCAAGUGGGAAGAGUUCCAGCGUCAGUUCGCCAAGUGUCGGCGUUGUCGUCGUACCAAAUACUGUAGCAAAGAUUGCCAGAAAUCUGCGUGGGUAUAUCACCGGCACUGGUGCCAUACGACCCCUUGA